AUGACGAAGUUUCUGGCAAGCCUUUUAGUGCUUGGCCUUAUGGGGCUGACUGCCGUGAUUGGACAAGAAGAACGAUUCCCCUCAAAUCCAGACGGCGCUAUAUUCCGAACAACUCUCGAGGGCGGAACGUCGGUAGUGACCGGGUAUUCAACAAACCAAGCCACAUCACCGGAUGGCAAAUCCUACCCAGCGGAGGUCAGGCAGCAUAGCGAAUUCCCCACAAAACAACCAUUGGGUGGUGAGGACUCUCAUCCACAGGACGGCGUCUCUGAGAUAGGAGGACAGGUCAAGCUGAGGGGGAAGCGGCAGAUCAGUCAGAUUGGUUUUUGCCGGGUGGUGCUUUACUGGGUCAGACCUUGGUGGGUUUACUGGGGAAAUAUUUGGUGGCCUGUCAUGAACUCACCCUGGUGGGGAUGGCACUGGUAUCACUGGUGGUACUGUCUACCAAGUCUAUGCAAGGUCAGCAUUGCUGACCCAGGGAAUAUAAGAUAUCUGUGCUCGCGUUGUAGAACGGAGUGGGGCUGGAUUCGUGUACCGAUAUGGUAUUACUGGAUUCCACGUUGGAUUUGGAUCCGCGCACCUGUCGGGUGUUGCUGCGACAUAAGGAAUCAGUGGUGGUGCUAACGCACAGGCCACGUGACGUCAAGUCGUCUGAUCGUCUUCAAGAACAAUA